GCGCAGGGCGGGAACGAAGCACCACUACUUUUCCCAAGCGCUGCGCCAGGCGUAGCUACUCUUCCCCUUCGCAAGUUCACAGUACGGGACUGUUGCUUCGGCAUCUUCGUGAAAACAGAUAAUCAUGAUUUCUACUUGGGUUGGUUCUAGAGGAACGAUUCAGGAUUUCCCAGGAUUCAAUGCUUCCAAAGAUGCAGAGGCACUUAAAAAAGCAAUGGAAGGACUGGGCACGGAUGAAACAACAGUGAUUGAGAUCCUGACAGGAAGAUCAAACGCUCAACGGCAGCUGAUAGCUGCAGAGUAUAAAUCUUACACUGGAAAGGAGCUGAAAGAUGCUUUGAAGGAAGAUACCUCAGGUGAUUUUGGGCGCGUCCUGGUUAACCUGGUCACUCCCCCAGCAGAAUUUGACGCGGAACAAAUUAACCGAACCGUCAGAGGCGUGGGAACGAAUGAGACGGCGUUGAUUGAGAUCGUGGCGUCCCGAACCACCAAGCAAAUCAGAGAGACAUCUCAGGUGUAUUAUACAAUUUAUAGGUCCAUUAUGAGUGAGGAUGUCGGCUGGGACACAUCAGGAGACUUCAAAAGAACCCUCUUGGCCUUGCUGGAUGCCAAAAGAGAUGAAAAUCCGGAGGCCCAUGAAGAGGUAGCAAAGAGAGAUGCACAGCUCCUGUACGGUGCCGGUGAAAAGAGAUUGGGAACGGAUGAGACCAAAUUCAUCGAGAUUCUGAGCUCCAGCAGCGUCGCUCAACUCAAACUCACAUUUCAGGAGUACAAAAAACUUAGUGGACACCAGAUGGAGGAGACUGUGCUUAACGAAACAUCGGGUGAUUUUGCCGAACUGCUUUUGGCCGUAGUGAAGUGUGUAAAUAAUACACCUGCCUUCUUUGCUGAAAAACUGAACAGAGCCAUAAAGGGACCUGGAACUGAUGAAAUCACAUUGAGCAGAAUUCUAGUAUCCAGAUCAGAAAUCGAUCUUCUGGAUAUUCGACAGGAAUACAAGAACCUCUUCGGAGAGUCUCUGCAUUCUGCUAUUAGUUCAGAUAGUUCUGGGGAUUAUCGACGCACCUUGCUCAAGAUUUGCGGUGGGGACGACUGAGGAGGCCGACUCUGGAUGACAGCUCUAGUUUCCCCGUUGCUUUCACCAGUUUAUAGAGCUUUUUAGAUAUAUUUAAGCAAGGGUGCGACUUGCCACUCCUCCUUUCAAUUAUUUUUUAAUUAGGUAUCAUAAUAGACAGAUGUUUAUCACACACAGUAUCUUCAGGUACUGGAUGACACUGAUUUCAUCAUACACUGUGGAUUUGGGGUGAAAUCUGUACUCACAGGCCAAUAAUCUGCCAGAAGUUAACCGAUCCUGCAAAAUUGGAAUCUGGAUGCAGUUAAGAUACAACACAGUGUUUUGUGCACGUCCAGAGACCGUCUAGGAACAAUUGUGCAAUUGUGUCUUCAACUUGGCUUUUCUUGUGCUAUUCUUGAACUGCUCUUGCGUUGUUUUUGCUGUCCAGCUUUACAAAAGGGGUUCCUGUAUCUUGCAUGCAACGCACAGCUACCUCAAAUGAUUUAUUUGUAUUCCAGAUCUGAAGUGCCUUAGGAACGGAGAUGUAAAGCACACAUGGUUGUUUAGAAAUAACUUGGAAAAGCGCUAUGGACCACACAGGAACAUGAAUCUAGAACCUGCCAACAACUCUUUAAAGCAGCUGCAUUGAUGUAGCUGCUUUAAAGCUGCAGUCCAGUUCUAGGUUUGUCUUCUCUGCAAUCUCUGGAAAGACCUUUUGUGGAAUCAAAUCUCAAAAGAGACUUGCUAAAAUAGCAUCGACAGCCCAUUUCUCUUACUCUUAGAACAGGGGUCUCUAACCUUGUGGACUUCAACUCCCAACAUUCCUCAGCCAGCAUGUCUAACUGAGGAAUUCUGGGAGUUGAAGUCCACAAGUCUUAAAAGUUGCUAUGGUUGGAACCCCCAGCCUUAGAGGACCCAAAAUUAAACUCUUAAAAAUUUGCCUUUUAAAACAAAUAAUAAUGAUAGCCAAAACCUUUCCAAAGACGGUAGAAUAGGCAUGAUAUCAGUGCUAAUAUUGCCAAAUUUCAGCCAUGUUUGCCAUGUUAUUUUAUUGAAACCAUAACGUAAAGAAGUUGUGAUGAUGGCCAACACUUGAAAAAGACGCUAACCCAUGAUACACUUGAUAUGAACACAAAGCACAUGUUCGUGCUGAAGAUAAGCCAUUGAUGCCCUCGUUUUGGCUGUAUAGAGGAGGUCCUAGUUUUGGUCUAGGGCAGGGAUGUCAAACUCGAUUUCAUUGAGGGCCACAUCAGGAUUAUGUUUCGCCUUGGGGGGCUGGAGUGGGCGAGGCCAGGAUGGGCAUGACCAGUUCGAUGUCAGGGGCGCCUGUGGUUGCCCGAGGGCUCGCCCAAUGAAAACGGUCUCCCAAGCUCUGUUUUCAGCUGUGGCAGCUUCCUGCAACCCUCUGCCAGCGAAAACGGAGCUCGGGAGUGCCUCCUGCGGCCCUUGCAAGCUCCGUUUUAGGCUGUGAUGGCCUCCUGCAACCCUCUGCCAGCGAACACGGAUUUCGGGCAUGCCUCUCGUGUUGGGGGCGCCUGUGGUUGCCCAAGGACUUGCCCAAUGAAAAAGGUCUCCCAAGCUCUGUUUUCAGCUGCGGCAGCUUCCUGCAACCCUCUGCCAGCGAAAACGGAGCUCGGGAGUGCCUCCCGUGGCCCUUGCAAGUUCCGUUUUCAGUUGUGCUAGCUUCCUGCAACCCUCUGCCAGUGAAAACGGAGCUCGGGAGUGCCUCCCGCGGCCCUUGCAAGCUCCGUUUUAGGCUGCGAUGGCCUCCUGCAACCCUCUGCCAGCGAACACGGAUUUUGGGAGUGCCUCUCAUGUUGGGGGCGCCUGUGGUUGCCCGAGGGCUCGCCCAAUGAAAACGGUCUCCCAAGCUCUGUUUUCAGCUGUGGCAGCUUCCUGCAACCCUCUGCCAGUGAAAACGGAGCUCGGGAGUGCCUCCCGUGGCCCUUGCAAGCUCCGUUUUAGGCUGCGAUGGCCUCCUGCAACCCUCUGACUGCGAAAACGGAGCUCGGGAGGGCUGCAAGCAGCCCUCCUGAGAUCCGUUCUCUGGCAGAGACACUGCGAGCCAGUCCUGGUUUCCAGGGCGGCCCCAUGGGCCGGAUCCAGCCCCCAGGUCUUGAGUUUGUCUUGGCGCCCCUGGUCUAUGGGAUCUCUGGGUUAAAUUAAUGCGGUGUUGAAAGUUGCUUGGGUUGAAUUGUUCUUCCCUUUUAGAGGUGUCUGUUAAUUGCUAUCUUAUUCUCGGAACGUUUGAGGAUUUCUCUUGGUUGCUUUGAACUGACUCGGUUGUGGGAAGCAGCAAACGAUGGGCUGCAGGUGAUGUGGCUUUCACUGACUCAUCUUUUUAUCACUCUGACAACUCCCUUGGCAAGCUGUCCUUUCUACCGGGGCAGGCCAGCCGAUGGGGUUUUUCUCAUGACAUCCUUUCCUGGGAUUGAACAAGAGAGUGAGGAGACAGCCUGGCUGCAGACUGCAGGGAAGAUAAAGGCUGCAAUGGAGACAGCCCACGCCUCCCUUUGAUCAUCAAAACGAGCACAAUCUGCUGACCACGGGAAAGGCCUCUCGGAUUCUUCUUUGAAAUGAAAUGUGAAAGCAAAUCUUGUGGCCCGGAAUGGAAUAAAAACUAGUAGAAGCAA